AUGCCCGAAUACGGACUCGGCUUCUGGCUGUGCAAACUUCGUUAUCAGACGCAGGAGGAGCUAUUGGAAGUUGCAAGCGCCUCAUUGAUUUCUUCCACUGGGCAUUACAGUGCGACUGGAAGUUUGACCCAACCUCCUGGCCAGAUCCAGGCGACAGGACUGAAGUCUUUGAACAUCGAGCUCAUGAAUGGUUACCUCAUCCGCGUUGACCGCGGCAUGCGGACAGUUAUGGAAUUUCAAGGCAAUACCGUCUACUUCGAUUCCACCAACCCCGGAGCGAGAAAGUAUGUAUGGGAGAAGGCAAAGGCGAAUUACUUUGACAAGGGAAUUAAAGUCUUCUGGCUUGACGAAGCGGAGCCAGAAUACACCGCGUAUGAUUUCGAUAACUACCGCUACCAUGCGGGCUCGAACUUGGCAAUCGGAAACAUCUACCCUGUGGAAUAUGCUCGCACAUUCUAUGAGGGGCAUGCGACAUGUCGUGUUUAUCGGUUUCCAAUGACAAGGCAAGGCAAAGGCUCUUCGGGAGAUCAACGCCGUCAGUAGCGGACGCUACGAUGUCGACCACAACGUCGCUACCGCGCCACAACAUGUGCCGUGGCUCUGCAACGACAAAGUUAAAUGUCACGACACGUCUCUGCAGAUGGAAGGAAGACAAAAUGGGUGUCAUUUCAGAAGAGAAAGCAGGGUUAUACAGUGAGGGUGGGAGCAAGGACUUCCAGCCCAAGCGUAACGAAGCAGGUUGACGAUAUUUUCCUGUCCAGCGGCAGUAUGUCGCAAAGACUCUCGAAGGGGUCAUGGAUAGCGCGCGCUUUCGCAAGGUGUAUAUAUAGCGUGGCCCAAUAUUUAAUCACUACAUUCCAUGCACCUGGCCCCUCCCUAACAAUACCGUGCCCGAAUGCAACGAGUGGGACGAAGAUGGCAGUGACCGGCAAGGCUUCCGGUGACACGCAUUCUAGCAGAGGGUAGAGAUUUUAGCAGGGUGGUGGAUCUCCGUUCAUGAGCUAGAGAUGGUGUUUUCCGCGCAAAUACUAGACAUUUUAUCUGAUUUUGCGCGGAAAUCAGAAAAGUUAGG